GUGGCGCUCGGACUUCCUCAGCGAUGAAAACUGGCAGUAGAAGGAGAAAGUGGAUAUAAGAAACGACAUCGCUUUCUGCGGAAAAAGCGACACAGGUUGAGUUCUGUUUUUCAUCGUCGUCGUUUCUUCUUCUUCCUCCCUCUCCUCUCCACCUCCUCCUCCUCUUCUUCUUCAAACUAGAAUGCCCUAAAUUGAAUACAAUUUUUAAGAUUUACCAAAAUUUAGAGAUUUCAGAUUAAAUAUAUGAAGCUUGGUUUCACCCGCUGCAACCAUUCGAUUUGGGUUGAGUUUGUUCUUCAGGAGGAUUAUCAAUCUUCUACUGCGCUUAUACGUUUGUGAUCUGGGUUCCAUUCUGUAAUCUUGUCAACAUUGGGCAUACGAUUGGUGUUUCUUGAGGAUUUAAGGUCUUUAUGCAGCCUUGAACAAGGGGAAAUGUUACCAUGGAUAAAAAAAAAAUAAUGGAACACGAAAGUUUGUUUCUUCUUUAUCAAGCAGUCACCUCAGGCACUAUGGUAAAUGGUUUUCUGGAAAUAAUGAACUUUCUUUGUCUAGGAUCUUAAAUUACCUUAUGGUGAAAUGAUUGGGAAAUGUUGGAACUGAAUUGUGCCAACAUGGUGCAUUAUGGAGACAAUGGGCAGAGUGGUGAUCAGGUGGGUGGGGAGUUAGUUGAUGUUGAUGAUGAUAGAGACAGGGUGGUUGUUAAUUCCCCUAGACUUCAAUGGGAUACAGAUGUUGAGCCACAUGCAGGUAUUGAAUUUGAAUCCCAUGAAGCAGCAUAUUCAUUUUAUCAAGAAUAUGCGAAGACGAUGGGAUUUACCACCUCAAUAAAGAACAGCCGGAGAUCAAAGAAAUCAAAAGAAUUUAUUGAUGCCAAAUUUGCAUGUUCAAGAUAUGGAGUUACACCUGAAUCGGAAAGUGGCAGUAGUCGACGACCCAGCGUGAAAAAGACAGACUGCAAAUCAAGUAUGCAUGUGAAGAGAAGGCCAAAUGGGAAGUGGUACAUUCAUGAAUUUAUUAAGGAGCACAAUCAUGAGCUUUUACCAGCCCUGGCAUAUCAUUUUCGAAUUCAUAGAAAUGCCAAAUUAACUGAGAAGAAUAAUAUUGAUAUUUUGCAUGCUGUAAGUGAGCGGACAAGAAAGAUGUAUGUUGAGAUGUGUAGACAGUUCAGUGGCUAUCAAAAUUUUGGGUUACCUAGGAAUGACAUAGAUUAUCAAGUUGAGAAAGGGCUUUAUUUGGCUCUUGAUGAGGGAGAUGCCCAAAUUAUGCUCGAGUAUUUUAAGCAUGUCCAGAAAGACAAUCCUAACUUCUUCUAUGCCAUGGAUUUGAAUGAGGAACAACGUCUGCGAAAUUUAUUCUGGAUUGAUUCCAAAAGUAGGAAUGAUUAUGCUAGUUUCAAUGAUGUUAUUUCUUUUGAUACUACUUAUAUUAGAAGCAAUGAUAAAAUGCCAUUUGCUCUUUUUGUUGGAGUGAACCAUCACUUUCAGUCCAUGUUGCUUGGGUGUGCCUUGGUUUCAGAUGAGAGUAGAGCAACAUUUGUUUGGUUGAUGAAAACAUGGCUUAGGGCAAUGCGUGGACAAGCUCCAAAAGUAAUUAUCACUGAUCAAGACAAGGCUUUGAAAGCAGCUGUCCAAGAAGCUUUCCCAAAUGCACGUCAUUGCUUUUCCCUUUGGCAUAUAUUUGAAAAGAUCCCUGAAACUCUUGCUCAUGUAAUCAAACAGCAUGAAAAUUUUGUGGCCAAAUUUAACAAAUGUAUAUUCAAGUCUUGGACAGAUGAAGAGUUUGACUUGACAUGGUGGAAAAUGGUUAGUAGAUUUGAACUUCAAGAGGAUGAAUGGGUGCAGUCAUUGUAUGAGGAUCGUGAAAAGUGGGUACCAACUUACAUGAAGGAUUAUUUUUUGGCUGGAAUGUCCACAACCCAGCGUUCUGAAAGUAUAAACUCUUUCUUUGAUAAAUACAUUCACAAGAAAAUUACUUUGAAAGAGUUUCUGAAACAAUAUGGAACAAUCCUACAAAAUAGGUAUGAAGAGGAAGCCAUAGCAGAUUUUGACACAUGGCACAAACAGCCUGCCUUGAAGUCUCCUUCACCUUGGGAAAAACAAAUGUCAACAGUUUAUACACAUGCAAUAUUCAAGAAAUUCCAAGUUGAGGUUCUAGGUGUAGUUGGUUGCCAUUUUAAGAAACUAGGUGAAGAUGGAACAACUGCAACAUUUGAAAUUGAAGACUGUGAAAAGAAGGAAAAAUUUAUGGUUGCUUGGGAUGAAACUAAGUCAGAGGUUUCCUGUUUGUGUCGUUCUUUUGAAUACAAAGGUUUUCUUUGUAGACAUGCAAUGAUUGUUCUCCAAAUAUGUGGUCUUACAAGUAUCCCAUCUCAUUACAUUUUGAAGAGGUGGACAAAAGAUGCAAAGAUCAGGCAAUCAAUGGUUGAACCAACAGAGCGGGGACAAAGUAGGGUUCAACGUUACAAUGAUUUAUGCAAACGGGCUAUUGAAUUGGGUGAAGAAGGCUCUUUAUCUCAAGAGAGCUAUAAUAUUGCAUUUCGGGCACUAGUAGAAGCACUGAAAAAUUGUGUAAAUGUGAAUAAUAGAAGCGCAGUCGGAUCUAGCUGCAAUACUCUUGGUUUUCGUGAAAUUGUGGAGGAGAAUCAGGGAAGCCUUGCAAAUAAAACUGCCAAGAAGAAGUGUGCAAACAAGAAAAGAAAGGUUCAGUCUGAGACGGAUGUUAUGAUUGCUGAGCCACCAGAGAGCUUGCAACAAAUGGAAAAUCUAAGCUCAGAGGGAAUAACCCUUAAUGGCUAUUACAGCACCCAACAGAAUGUGCAAGGACUGGUACAGGUACAAUUGAACUUGAUGGAGCCACCCCGCGAUGCUUACUAUGUUAGUCAACAGAGCAUGCAAGGGCUUGGGCAACUAAAUUCUUUAAAUUCACUUGCACCCGGACAUGAUAGUUUUUUUGGUACUCAGCAAAGCAUGCAUGGACUGGGACAUUUAGAUUUCCGACCAACUAGUUUCAGUUACAGCUUGCAGGAUGAACCCAAUUUGAGAUCCAUGCAGUUGCAUGACAAUGUUACGAGACAGGGAUGACAUCUCAACGGCUAGUACACUAAUAAUCUUCUCUAGGGUGGUUUAUGCUUUAGCCCACUGAGGUAAAUAGAAAAGGUAUAUCCAGGAUGUGAUUCCUGAAUUGCUUCCUUCUGGUAUGUUUCAAGAGCAGCAAAAGAUUUAUAAAAUGAAGGACGUAGCACCCAGUGCACAAAAGAAUUGGAAAACAGAAGAUGUUACACUCAGUGCACAAAGCUCCCACAAAUUCAUCAGUUCUUUUCCUUUCAGUUGGGAAUUAUAUCCCAGAAUAUGCACUUGCUACACAUAAUCCGAACAUAUUUCAUGUGAUUCAUACUGUACUCUUGACGGCAAUACAAUUUGAAGGCUGCUGGACUUCUUCUGGUUUCAAUUCAUGGAUAUGUCUUGCUGGGGUACCAAAUGCAGCCAAGCUAUUUGUAAGUUGGGACUAUGGAGGUGUUUGAAGAAAAAAAGAUCUUAUACGUCUUGCAGGUAAGGAUGCAAAUAUUUGUUGGUGCUGGAGCCAACUCAAGAGGUUUACCUUUUGUUCGUGCAUGAUAGAUGAUAGAAUUACUGCUGUGACAAUUUUUUCCCUUUCUUUGAUUUCUUUCCUUUUCCAUUUGCUGCUUAGCAAAUUAACAUUUUUUUAAUUUUGAUAGUAAGAAACUGCUAAUAGUACUAGUGUAGACUGUUUUAAUGUUAUAUAGGAGAAGAUUCAUUUUUGUGCAA